AAAUUUGCGCUGUUCGAGAAGUUUCUGCGUAGGAAAAAUCGAAGAAAGAUACAUACAACGCGCACAUACACGAUAAUAAGAAUCGAAAUUUAUACUCGUUCCUGGACGAGGAGGUAUCUUCGGUAUCGAAAUGAAAAUAUAUGAUCUGCACUAUUGAAACAAUAAGUGCGAAUGCGUAAUGUUUUGCGGGGAUAAUUUUCCACAUUAUAAAUAUUAUUUCGUCGAAGGGAAAUAAAUGAUUGGAGAAGGCGCGUGAUCUCGGCGCGUUAUUUAUCUAGAUCGAGAAACUAAAUCGAGGAAACGAAGAGUUGGAGACGGGGGUAUUCUUCGAAAUUCUGAAAAACGAAGAAAAGCGAGAAAUCUUGAUUUUGUUUGCCCUUCUUCCUCCUCUUCCUCCUCUCCCUCCUUCUCUGCCUUUCUUUAUCGUUUCAACACGCCUACGCACGAACGUAAGGAAUAAUCGAAUCUGCACGCCUACGCCUACCGCUUGUUCCGUCCAACCUUCUCCUCUCUUUCCACCUUUUUAGGGUACAACGACAUUUCCUUCGCGACGUGACGGUUGUGUAUCUUACGGACGCGUAUCUUAACGCGGUGUAAUAGGUAUAGCGUGCAGUCAUCCGGAAAAAGUGACGUCAUUUUAUCCCUGUUCCAACCAAUUAGCUCGCUAUUAUAGGCGAGGCUUAGGUUGCACACACGCUCGAGUCGUAAAACUCGGACAACGAGAAGCGGGGAAAAAGUGACGUCACGUAUCCAUGUGUCCAUGUACCUUGACAUUUCUCGCGUCUCCUCUUACCUCCAACUUCACCGCUCCGACUCGUUGUUCAACGAGGAGGAUCGUUUACAUCAUCGCGCGCGCGCGCACACAUACACACGCGUACACACACACACGGGGAACAAAAGAGUUGGGGUGGGGGUGGUAGGGGGAGAAUUCGAUCGACGUAUUUUCAAUGCGAUUAAAAAUAAACCUCUCCCCUCGCGCGUGCCUUAUCUUCUCUCGCGCUUGGAUUGCGACGCGACGCGACGCGACACGGCGCACGUUGCUUUCCCGAAUGGAAACAAAUUACGUAUUUUCCGCAGAGGAGAGAUUUUCAUCGGUCAAAGCGUCCAUUGACGGGGGGGAGACUCGUCAACACCGGGUCGCCAUCAACACGUGGCAACCUGUUUGCAACCGACAGCUCGAUCGAUCGAGGUUUGGAUGAGUGGCGAGAGGCAACCGUUAACCGUUUCGUAACCGAUCGUUGUCGAUCGACGACAAACAAACGAGGACGCGACGUCCUUUAACCCGGCGAUCAACCGAACUCAACCGAAAUAUGUAUUCGGUUCGAAUAUACAUGAUCAGUGAUGAUCGAGAUUUCGUUGGUAAUCGAUGGGGCGCGGUGAUUCGCGUUUUUCUCUUUCUAAUUUUUCUUAAAUUAAUACUCGGUUUGUUGAACGCGUCGCGGUGCCGAUUCGCGGUCCCCGCCCAAUAUUUACACAUUCGGUGGCACGUUCCGUCUUUUCAUCUGGAAACAGAGAGAGGGAGAGAGAAAGAGAGAGAAAACCGAAAAUACACGGUCGUGGGUUUGACGUAGAACGGUUUGCCGUUACGCGUAUAAGCAACCGGAUAAAAUCGAUCCUGUAUUUGUUUCUUUUUGUCUCCACACUCUGGGAAACGAUAGCCCCCGUCCGGGUUGACUUCUCGUCUCUAACAACAGCUUCGAUUUUCCCAGCUAAAAUAUCCACCCCUUUCCUUAAAUUUGAAUUUCCUUUUUCGAAUUUUCCUCUUUUCGAAAUGAGUCGGAAAAAGAUGGUGGUGGGAAGAGCGUCGCUCUCCUUUCCAACGCCGGACGGUAUACUCGACGUGGAUCAAAUUCUCGACACGGAUCCGUGGAAACAGAUCGACAAUUUCGUGCAACACAAUUUCAGGCAAAAUUUGUUGGACGAAUUUAACGAACGGUUAAAACUUAAUCCCACGAUCGCGCCAUCAGAGAGUAAGAGCCCGGCAAAGAAACAGGGAGCGACGUCGUCGAGAACGCCCCGUAAAGGUGAAACGGCGGCAACGAAGCCGAAAACGAACGGAGGGAAAUCGGCGGUGAAGGAGAAGAAAGGCGUUGAUCGCUCGAAACCGAAGGAGCCGAAAGGAAAAGGGAUCGGGGGGAGGAAGGAGGAUGGAGGAAAAGAAGCUUCGAAGGGGAAGGCGAAGGAGAGCAAGGAAGGUGGCGGCGCCGUUAAGGGGGGAGAAAAGAAAGGGGAGAGACAGGCGAAAGUCACGAAGGAAAAUAAAUGCGAGAAACGAGCGACGACCGGUUCGCAAAAAUUGAAUUCGAUCGCGAGGAAAAGUUCGAUGGGGAUAUCGUCGGCCCGGAAGAAGAACGAGAACGUCGUGGACGUCCGUGCGAGCGAAAAAUCGACCAAGAGCGAAAAAUCGAUCAAGAGCGAAAAAUCGACCAACAGCGAAAAAUCGAUCAAGGGCGAAACGACAGCGAGGAAAAACGAUAAAAUAGAGGAGAACGCGGGGGAGGGGAACAAAAGCUUGAUGAACAACGGGGAUAAAUCGAGAAGCGUUUCGAUUUCGAUGUCGCAGCUUAAAACAAGCACGCCGAAACGUAACGUUGCUAGUAUCAGCAGUUCCAUUGGGAAGGAAAAUGCUAUCGCGAGGUACAACGUCUCGGCGUCGAGGGGGGAUUAUUCAGCGAAGAGCGACGUUUCCGUGAAGAGGAUGCACUGCACGUCCACGAUUUGCGCGAGCAAAUUAUUAGAUUUGAACAACAACGAAGACAAGAUCGAGAAGAAGGUGGAGAAUAAAGAAACGAGUGUGGCGAAACUCGAGCAUAAAAGUAUGAUUUUGGGAAAGAUUAAGGAGGAGACAACGCUCGGGAGCAAGGAAAUAUCGAGGAUAUCGAUGAAUGAAAAAAAAAUGUUAACGUUGAGUUGCAAAAAGCAGGAUAAAAAAGAAGCGUCGGCAGAGAAGAAGAUUGGUAAGCACGAGAAACGUUUGCUGGAGCGGCGAGAAAAGCGACGAAAAAGGAACAUAAGGAGGCACGAAAGAAAAGCGGAGCAAGCCAUGGAAGAGUUCAGCCAUCACGUUACUCGCAUCGUGAAAAAAAUGGGUUAUUUGUCGGAAUUCAGUUCGUGUUCCAGUAGCGAAGAUGACGUUAGCAGUUAUUCCGAUUCCUACGAUACUUAUUCCGAAUCCUCGAAAGGAUCGUCUUACUAUUAUUCUUACUCUUCUCGUAGCUCGUGUUCUUGCAGCAGUUCGUCCACGUUUUUAUAACCGUUAAGAUUAUUAUUUUAAAACACGUUUUAAAUACACCGACAUGUCUCAUCCCCCUCCGUUUAAAUCCUUGUGUAUGAAUGUAUUAUUUAAUUUCCUAAUUAUAUACGAGCAUAUAAAUAUUACGAAUAAAGAAUUUUAACCAAACAACAACAACGAAUAAUAAUAAAUUCGAACGAAACGUAUUAUUAUCCUUUAUUCCUCGAUCCAUCGACGUGAAAAUAUUUCGGCGAUAAAGAUAUUGUGUCGUUACAACUCUAAUGAAUCGAGACGAAACAAGUUAUACAUCUUACUGCCUAGAUACUUACUUCUAUCGUACCG